GACAUACGUUAUGUAACCUACGUGAGCCCUAAUGAGGACAAUUUCUCUGACCAAUAAAUGUUACAUCACAUCUGGCAGUGUACGACUGUUGUGUCUGUGUGGUAGGCGGCGCAGGAAACCUCUCAGACGUGGUUUACUUACAGGAAGCAUCAGUUUAACCCCUUCAGCGUCUCUGCGACAGCACAGACACAUUCUCACACGCUGACUUGAUCACAGCUGGACACUGAAGCGGGUUCAGGAUGAGCUGUUCCCGGCGAUCCUCCUGGAGGGCCAGCUUGUUCUUCUGUCUGGGGCUGUUUCUGCACUCUGGAGAAGCGAAGGUGCACACGGAAGCAUCGACUGGGCCUCUGUAUCGUGUGGUGGGCUCUUUGCUCUCUAUCACCUGCAAUGUGAGUGGCUUCGCCAGUGAAAGCACCAGAAAAGAAUUUGAAUUUCGUGUUAUGAAGCCUGCACUGCCAACAACUCCAAUCAACGUCAUUAGCACCAAAGACGAUAUGUUCAGCUACGCCAUGUAUUCAGGUCGUGUGAGGAGCAGGGAAGUUACUGUGACACACACGUCUCCAAACUCAGUGGUCUUUGAGAUACAACACCUAAGAAAAAGUGAUGAAGGGGAAUUUCACUGUACUGUGAUCAACCCAGUAGCUACUUAUCACGGAACCUACGAUGCUGAGACAACAGUGAAAGUGAUUGACAACUCCCUCAGUGUUUCAUCACCUACCUCCACCUCACUGAGCUAUAACGAGGGCGAUGCUCUCACUUUAACCUGCCAAGCCUCCAGCAACACCGUCCAGCACACCCAUCUGUCUCUUGCGUGGUAUCUUCACAAAAACGGCGAAGACAAUGCUCAGCCUAUCAUUUCUCUGAACAGCGAUUUCACACUGAGCCCAGGCAGGGGAUUUGAAGGCCGUUACCAAGCUGGACUCAUAAGGUUAGAUAAAAUAGGAGAGACCACAUACAAGCUAAAGAUAGCUCAGCUGGAGCUGUCAGACCGAGGCCGGAUAUACUGUCAGGCCCAGGAGUGGAUCCAAGACCCUGACCGUUCCUGGUACUCUAUCGCACAGAAGGAUACAGAGGAAAUUACCCUGGAUGUCAAAGCCAGAGAGGUGGUGUCAGACACGUCGUCGUUGGCAGUGAAAAUCUCGGCACAGCCGACAACCCUACAGGAGGGCCAGGAGCUUUCUCUGUCCUGCAGCAUAGCCACACAGAACCUGAAGGAAAGGUUCUUCUCUGUAGCCUGGCUCAGGGGAAGUGCUGAGCUGGCCCGCAUUGGCCCUACAGGCAUUCUGUCUGUGGGGCCUGAGUACAGCGUGCGAGCAAAAGAAGGAGAGCUCAGGGCAGCCCGGAUAGGGGACAGGGAUUAUCGUCUUAUAUUACAGCCUGUCAGAACUGAGGACCAAGGAGAGUAUAUCUGCAGAGCAUGGCUUCAGGACAGAGGCCAGGAUGGUGCUUUUACAGAAGGAGCAGCCCAGGACUCCAGCUCCCAGCAAGUCAGCAUCUCAGCCACAGAAAGUGGGCUCUCACUCGAAAUGCCAGGCGCUGUGAGUGUUAAUGAAGGUGACAGUCUGAAACUCACCUGUAAAGUGCACGGGGUCAAAGGUCAGCUCUCCGUCGCCUGGCAACGCAAAGCAAGACCCACACUGACAGACAUGUUCACUGAUGUGAUCAGUCUAAGUCAGGAGGGUGUUAUGGAAACGGCUGGGGAGUUCGUUAGUCGCAAAGUAAAGGCAAUGCGUCCAGAAGCCGACACCUUCACGCUGGAGCUUGAUGAGGUCACACCUUCUGACUCAGGUGUCUAUCAGUGUGCUGUGUCUGAGUGGAAAAUCAGUAGCAAGACCAACAGCCAGUCACGGACUGCCACUGUGACUGUGGCUCCUGCAGAUUCGUUUGUGAGAGUGAAUCUUAUAAGUCGAAACAACAUGGUGACUGUAGGAGAAAAUGUGGAGCUGAUGUGCCGGGUCAGAGGGGCACAUGUACCAAUAACAGUGACUUGGAGCCUGCAGCGUGACGCCUCAACCCUGGAUAACAUCCUGACACUGUACUCUGAUGGUUCCAUCAGCUGGUCUGGAGACCAACACCGCUACCAGCUGAAAGUAGAGAACAAGGGGAAAGAAGUCAUUCACUAUCUUCUUAUCAAUGGUGCAAGCCACCGGGAGAGAGGAACCUACCAAUGUAGUGUGUCCGUCUUCCUUGAGAAUGUACACAAGAAGCUGCCUCCAUCCAACCUGCUGGCUGUGAAUGUGCAGAACCCAGUGAGCAAGCUCAUUCUGACCUCCACUCCCGUCUUGACAAGUAAUGCCAACGCUGAUAUAGAAAUAAAAUGCUCAGUCAUCUCAGAACCCUCUGCUUCAUCUCGCUAUGCUGUCACCUGGCUGCUCCAGCAAGAGGCGGUGAAAAAGACGAUCGUGAGCUCAGACCAUGAUGCCCUCGUAACAUUUGGAGACCAGGUAGAGCUGAGUCACAGACAGCGAAUCAGCAUGAAGCGCGUUAAAGGCCCUAGUUUUGAGUUGACUAUUCGGCAAGUUCGGCUCUCAGACAAAGGCUUGUAUAUAUGUGAAGUUGUGGAGUGGCUACAAGAUCCUCGUGGGGACUGGUAUCACCUCUCACCAGUGUCCAAAACUACAAAUAUAACAGUUACUGAGCCUGAAACACAGCUGUCCAUUGCACAACAAGAAGUGGAGCUUAAUGUGAGCACGUCUGAGGAUUUCACUAUCCCCUGUCAAAUCACCAAACAAUCCAGCAAUGAAUCUGAGUUUCAGGUCAUGUGGUUUUGGCAUAAAGAUACAGCAGACAGUAAACACCCCAUCUUCACAGUUUACCGAAACUCCACCCUGCAAGCGUUUGAAACGGAGGACAAGCUGAGAUUCAGCCACCCUUUGCCCAACCAGUUCAGCCUUACACUCUUGAGGACAAGUCCUGGAGAUAGUGGUUUGUACUUCUGUGAGGUAGAAGAGUGGCUUCCAGCUCUGCCUUAUGGGUGGAGAAAGACUGCUGCAGUAAAGUCAGGAUAUUUGACUGUUAAUGUCUAUGCGGAAGGAGAAGUUAAAGCUGUCUCUGACCCAGAAUGCAUGUCGGGUAUCUGGAUAGGGAUUCUUGUAGCUAUUGUCAUCUGUGCACUAUUGGCUAUAUUAAUACUGGUGGUCCUGAAGAAAUGUUGGAACAAGAGAGAAAAGAAGCUCCCCAAAUCUCUGUGGACAGAGGAGCUCCCUCUGAACGCCAAACCCAGUGCAGAGAACUGAAACUCAGACCAGAAGAGGAACAUAAAAAAUGACUUUCAUAUGUGUUAUGUACUAUAUUGUACUAUAAGAUUUCAUUUUACAUAUUUUUUUAAUUGAUUAUUUUUCAAAGUUCAUUCAUCAUCCAUAAAAUAAUUGUUACCGUGUUUUACUGAAUGUUGCCUUUAUGAAGUAAUGAGUCAUUAAACCUUUACAUUUAAGCAGG